AUAAGUGAUAACUUCUAAAACUAACUAAAACUAUGUAAUAAAUAAAUAUUAAUGAGUCAUGACAACUGACGAGUUAGAUCUAAUUUGUCGUGUAAUAAGUAAUUACCACUGAAUUUCAUAAAUAAUAAUUAAUAAUACACGUACAUAGUUAACUUCCUAUUUUUUGAUCUUUUAUAAACUUGAUUCAUUUAUUAUUAUUUUAAAUUGUUGGUUGGAUGACACAAUAAUAUUAUGUCCAGUAUAGAAUCAAAAAUUAAAAAUCGCUCUGCGAAUUACAAACGUGGUAAAAAUCGAGAUGUCAAUUUUCGAGAUAUCAUGAGACAUAGGUACAAAAGUAUUAUUAAGAACAAACGAGAGUCUCUUUUAGAACAAGUGCGCAAUGUUGCGUAUGAAAUGCGAGAAAAUGAGGUCACUUCAUUUAUUGACAAGACAUGCAUAAAAAUGGAUAUAGAGGAAGAUGAUGGAUUUCAUUCUCUGGAUGAAGAAGAUAAAAUUUUUGAUGAAAUUAAACAGGAAAUCUUAGAUGAAGAAAUGAAAUGGAUAUGUGAGCAAGAUAUCGAUUAUAAUAUAUAUUUACAGCAUUUACAAAAUAAUUCUAUUGAAUGUCCUGUCUGCCACACUGGAAAUCUCAUAAAAACAACUGUCAAUACAAUUUCUUGUGAUGUAUGUCAUACAUCCAUUCAGACAUUUCUUGAAAUUGAUGCGUUAAAAAAUAAUAUGGAAAAUACUGCUGCUGAACAUUCAUGUGUUUGUCAGUCACCAAUUGAAUGCAUUGUUUUUCCGACACCUUAUGAUAAUUCUAUGUUUAUGUUAUGUAACAUCUGUCAGUUCCUUUUUCAGAUAUCAUAAGUAUAAUAAUAUAUAACAAGUUUAAGCUUAUAAAUUGUAUAAAACUUAUAUUCAAAAUUAUUUUAAUGUAUGUAUUUUAUUGUUUCUGUAGAUUAAAAUCAAUAAUAUACAAAUAUUU